CUCCUGAGCGGUGUCCCACGCGGGGAGGGGUUGAGACAAGGCAGCCCUCGAAGUGCGGAGGGGUGCAAGAGAGCCUGGGUGGACGUGCUGUAGCUUUAUUAAAACGCUCUGUUUGUUUCCAUCCAGGUCUGCUGCGUGUUGUGUAGCUGAGAAACGUACAGUACGCAGCGUCAAGGUUGUGGCUGUUGUUAUAGAUAAAGUAGCAAUCUCGGUGAUUUCUGUAAGGGUUCAAGUUCGAGCAAAAAAAGAAAUCACUGUGCUGUGUAUGAUUACAACAGUAAAUGCUUUCGGAACAAUCAGGCGAAUUCGGUGAAGAAGAUAAUGUCAUGGGACCUUGAAAGAUACAGAAGUUUUACAUUUUGUGUUAAACAAUGUAUCAGUUGCCCUGGAGUUUUUCUGGAUUAUACUAAUUUUGUUAGUUUGUAAUAGGGGGAGAAACACAAGGUGUUGCUUGGGUAUUGCCCUCAGCCUGUGGCAGGUGGUGUUUGCAAGGGGGGUUGGGCGUUUGCCCUGUGUCCCAGGUCUAGCUCUCUUCAGCUGACAAGGCAGAGACAGUGGCAGUCCUAGGCAAGGGCUAGGGGGAAAGCUCUCAGAUAUCUUGUACAGUUUUGUGUUUGGGCAAGUUUAUAACUCAAAGUGCUCUUUCUUGCCUCCUCUGGGCUGUCGUGAAGUUGGGAGAUGCCCCCAUCUGCUACGUGGAGUGGCUACCAUCUAACUUCAUGGUGGUCCAUGUGCUGCUACUAGUAGUAUGUCUUGCAGUUUGGGAGAGCAUGUUGACAAAAAACUUUAUAAAACAUAGUAUAAUACGUAAGUACUUUCUGGUUUGUUUUUUUUUAAACUUCAUGUUUCUGUAAGGAACUAGGUACCAGGUGACAAACAAAUCUCAUAAAACUUUUGUACCAAAAUGCUUAACAGUACAUUACAGUUCAGAGGAAGUACUAAUUCUUGCCUAUUCACUCAUGACUUAAUGUUAAGUAAACAUAAUUGUGAUUCUUUUACAUAAUCGUAAUGAAACAACUAUCAGUUUACAUUUCCAUGCAGUACAGAAGUAUUGUGAAUGGCAGUUGUUCCUCAGGGACAUUUCUGAACAGCGAUAAUUCACAGGUGUUCCAGGCUAACGUUUUGCGAACCCGCAGGAACAGUACCACAGUUAUGAAUCGUCAUAGCCUGUUUGUGCCAUCAUCUCCCAUCCGUAUUCCUAGCAGCCGUCUUCAUCAGAUCAAACAGGAAGAAGGAAUGAAUUUGAUGAACAGAGAAACAGUACGUGAAAGAGAAGUGCAAGUAGCAAUGCAGAUGAGCCACUCAUGGGAGGAGAGCUUGAGCCUGAGCGACAAUGAUUUUGAAAAAUCGUCAUCACCAAAGCAAGUAGACUUUGUCCCAGUUUCUCCAGCUCCUUCACCUACCAGAGGAAUAGGGAAGCAAUGUUUCUCACCAUCUUUGCAAAGUUUGGUGAGUAGCAGUGGGUUACCUCCAAGUCCUAGCCCAAGUCCAACAAGGCGAUUUUCAAGCAGGAGAAGCCAGAGUCCAAUUAACUGCAUUCGACCAAGUGUUCUUGGGCCAAUAAAAAGAAAAGGUGUAACAGAGAUAGAAGAUCAUCCAAAAAGAUUAUUCCAAGGAUCCACCAACAUGCUUUCCCCUGAAGUUUCACAUCAGGCAGACCUUGGGGGAUGUCUGUCGUCACAUGCUCUUGAUGACAACAGAAGCAGUGCAGGCUCUUCCUGUGACUCACCAGCUGAAGUCGGCACCAACACAGACUCUCCAGUCUCACUUUCUGACCCCAGAUCUCCUUUUUUACCAGUAGAUCUUGCGGCUAAGUUACCUAUUGAUUGAGAAGCAGAAGUCUGCUAAUGGACACCAAGAAACAGGCUGGACAUCAAUAAGACUUUCUGUUGUGUGUAACUGAUUCUGUUCCUCAUAGGAACUUUCAGAAACGUCGUUAUUUCUAGAAAACUUCCAGAAUAGUUCCUUGAGGAGGAAUUCGUGUUUCUAGUGAUUUGUAUGACAUUUACUAAAAUACAGUAAGCAUUUGAAUUGCAAACGUAUUUGAUGCUAACAUCAGUAAGCAAGCUGUUGAUUUACAAUGAGUAUUGUCUUGUUGGCAUAAGUUACAAAUACUGUAUGUACAUUCUGCUUGUGGAAGACUUGGCUUUCCAUCAGCCACCAGGCAGUGUCCUCACUAAUACGAAGUGGUGCUUAUGUAGUAACAGAUAACUUUCACAUUUGUCCUCAGUUUGAAACCAAUGAAGCAGCUUACUAAUUUGUUUUUAUUUCCCGAGUGUUAGAUAUUUAUAUUUUUUGUUCUUCAUAUGAAAGGGGGAACACUAGGUGGAGGGAAUUGAUUCUUGUCUUCUAUUAUGAUUGGCUGUUAAUCAAUUCUGUGUUCUAAUAGAUGUCAAAAGGACAAGUUGGUGAAUUGUCAACUUAAAUUUAUAUGUUGGAUUUUAUUCAUGAUCAUGACUGCUGUUGUGACUAAAUUCAAAUUAAGUGUGGAUGGUCUUCUGGGUUUUUGUACUGUGGUUUUUUUUUUUUUCUUCCCCAUUUAGAUGAUGUAUUAGAGUGGUAGAUCCUCUGUUAAAGGUCUUUUAAUAGGGAAAAAUAGUAAUCAUGUUUGGAACAAAACAUUAAAUCCUGAGGUUUUAGUAUUUAGUACUUCAGAAGUGCAUUAUUUUAACAGACAGUAUUUGUCCUCAUAUAUGACUUUUGUUGGACAAAUACAGUGAGGAAUCUUGAAUGCCUUUUUACAGGCUGAGGCGAUCAAACAUAUUUAAUCUGUGUUUAAUCUCCUGAUGUUGCUUCCUCAAACAAUGGCAUCAAGUUAUUUCUGCUGUUGAAAACUUCAGAUGCUGAUUGGAGGCCUAGAAUAUUGUAAUCUGAGAUGUUUCAGGAUUCUUGUACUGUGUUUGAAAAGUCAGUGGGUUGAGGCAUCCUGAUCUCAACUCUGAAAUUCCCCAGACAGGAGGAAAAAUCUGCAAACCCCACCAUAGACAGCUGUUUCAGAUUUUCCAGGGGCAACCUCAUUUUGGCUGUUGACUCCUGUUCUGCAAUUGAACUUUCCCAGCUGUGUCCCCAUUUGUAUAUGUGUAUGUGUCUAUACUAUGUGGUUUCAAGCCUUCUCUCCAGAGAGGUUAAUAAUGAAGCAAAAUGUUUUAUUUUUAAACACUAAAUCUUUGUAAUGUGUAAUAAAGUGCAAAAAGUACGGAAACUUCCUCAAGUAGGAGAAAAGCCCACUCUGAACUCUGCUGCGAAAGAUUCACGUGGAUGAAGCUUUGAUUGACAGCAGUCAUCAAAACUAGAAACGGACGACUCAGAGUGCAAAGGCCUGGUGACCUGAGGACCAAUGACCAGUUUCCGUAUGUCCUUAUUGUAGAACGAAAAUAGAAUGUAUUUAAUAGUUUUACUCAGUUCAAGUAAGAUAUAACAUGGUUUACUUCUGAUUUCAUUUCUCUUUAAAUUAUUGUAGUAGUCAACUUACUGAUUGCAGUUCCUUUUUAAAUUCAGGCUGCCUUUCAUCCCUGUGGCAGAUGGACAAGCUUGUGUUUAAUGUCUGUUUGCUGUCUGUCUAAUACGGCAUAGUUUCAUUUUGCAAUUUCAGGUAUGUGCCAAAGAGUUGCUGUGCAUUCACUCUUUUGUGGUGAGGGCAAGACUUGUUUUUUUAAGUCUUGCUUAUUUCUUAAGAAUGAACCUCCUGGUGUCUCUUCCAGUCUUUUUGAAAGAUGCAUCAGUAGAGGGGUUUAAUAGUUGCGUGUGGGUCAACUUGUCUCUUUUCUGUGGAAUAUUUAUGCUAUUUUUCAAAUAAGUGCCAAUAAAUGGAAAAAUAAAUGUG